AGUAAUAAAAGACAAACAAUUUAGAAGGUGUGAAAGGGGAGAUAUAAAGCAUUCAUGGCGAGAAAUCACAAGUUUUUGGUUUUGACGGUCACCUUCUUCUUCAUCAUCCUAUUCAUAUCUCCUUUCGUUAUUGGAGAUGAUCAAGAAGAAGAGGAAGAUAAUGGGGAUACUGGACACACAGGUCAUACAGGACACACGGGUCAUACAGGACAUACAGGUCACACAGGCCAUACCGGUCAUACUGGACAUACUGGUCAUACCGGCCAUACAGGUCACACAGGUCACACCGGUCAUACUGGGCAUACGGGUCACACAGGACAUACUGGUCAUACAGGUCACACAGGACAUACUGGUCACACAGGUCAUACUGGUCAUGGUAGAGAAACAUUAGAGACACCAGCGACUCCAGCAACACCUGCUACACCUGCCACACCAGAGACACCAGCUACUCCGGCGACACCAGCUACACCUGCCACUCCAGCUACUCCUAAAACACCUGCUACACCCAAAACUCCGGCCACUCCUAAAACACCAGCAACACCAAAAACUCCAGCUACUCCGAAAACACCGGCAACGCCAAAGACUCCAGCAACUCCAAAAACACCCGCAACACCAAAAACACCCGCGACUCCUAAAACACCCGCCACACCAAAAACACCUGCUACACCAAAGACGCCGGCCACCCCCAAAACACCUGCUACACCAAAGACCCCGGCCACCCCAAAAACCCCAGCAACCCCAAAAACACCUGCCACACCAAAGACACCAGCCACCCCUAAAACUCCAGCUACCCCAAAGACACCUGCCACACCUAAAACGCCGGCUACACCAAAAACACCAGCCACACCAAAGACACCAGCUACUCCUAAAACUCCAGCAACACCUAAGACACCGGCUACUCCAAAAACACCUGCUACACCAAAGACACCAGCUACUCCUAAAACACCCGCCACACCAAAGACACCAGCAACACCAAAGACUCCAGCUACUCCAAAAACACCAGCAACACCGAAGACACCAGCUACUCCUAAAACCCCAGCAACCCCAAAAACACCAGCUACACCCAAAACUCCUGCAACUCCUAAAACUCCAGCCACACCAAAAACACCAGGGACACAAGAAGAACAUGGUGGACACGAUUUAUAAUUUGAUUUGACAUGAAAGUAACAUUUUAUGAGGUUCUCUUCUCAAACUUGAUCUUUCUAAUAACGUUUUGGACAUUAU